GCAGGACAUGCUCAUCUUUUGUCUAUCUUUUAGUAAUCUUUUAUUAAACAUCAUCUAGAACUUUCACAUAGAUGCAGAGCUCAUCUGUCAGUUUCACACUUAAUGUUUUAUGACAAAAACCACUGGUUAGAAAUCAACGGGACAGAUGAUUUCAGGCUUGUGAAGAAGGGCUGCUCUUCACGCAAACUCUGUAGGUUAUAGAAGCAUUUAUGCUUUUUGUUUUUUGUGUCCAUCCACAAAAAUCAAAGGGAACACAUCCAGAAGCUAUUUUUUUGGUUCUUUUGGAGGUUCUUUUCCCUCUCACACUCAUAUCCCUCCAUUUUUUGGCAUCGCCUCUGAGUUAUCGCAGCCAUGUGGGAAUUCCGGUCCAUGUCUUUUUGGCGGGCUGUGUUUGCCGAGUUCUAUGGCACCAUGUUCUUUGUGUUUUUUGGGCUGGGAUCAGCUCUGCGUUGGACCACUGGACCACACAACGUGCUCCAAGUUGCCUUCUGCUUCGGUCUGGCAGCUGCCACACUUAUCCAGUCCAUCGGCCACAUCAGCGGUGGCCACAUCAACCCGGCUGUCACGUUCGCCUACCUGAUUAGCUCCCAGAUGUCACUGUUUCGUGCUUUCUUCUACAUCUGUGCUCAGUGCUUUGGAGCGCUAGCUGGAGCCGGUGUGCUGUAUGGGGUCACACCAAGCAAUAUGAGAGGCAAUCUUGGCCUGAACACGCUUCAGCCAGGCAUCAGUCUGGGAAUGGCCACCACCAUAGAGAUAUUUCUGACUCUGCAACUCGUGGUCGUGGUCUUCGCUGUGACAGAUGAGAGGCGAAAUGGACGACUGGGGUCUGCUGCCCUGUCCAUUGGCUUCUCAGUGCUUGUGGGCCACCUGCUGGGGAUGUAUUACACUGGAGCUGGAAUGAACCCUGCCAGGUCUUUUGCCCCUGCUGUGCUUUUUAGGAACUUUAUUAACCAUUGGGUGUACUGGGUGGGCCCUAUGAUCGGCGGUGCUAUGGGCGCUCUGCUCUAUGACUUCAUGCUCUUUCCCCGGAUGCUUGGCCUGUCCGAGCGACUGGCUGUGCUCAAGGGCAACCGACCUCCUGAGGCCGAAGCCCAGCAGGAGACCCGAGGGGAGCCGAUUGAGCUCAAAACACAAGCCUUAUAAACACUGCCAGGAAACUUUGGAUCCCUGACGCGACACAUACGUACGAUCCUCACACACCUCUAACAUACCGACCAAGUUUGCUGUAGGGAGAAUCACACACACUUCCAAAGGCAAUCGAGACACUAUAACCCCUUCCCAAGGACUAUGAAUAAGGGUAAGAAGAGGACUUCCUGUUGAGGACUCUGUACCGCCAGGUAUAGGGAGUGAGAUCAGGUGGCUAACGCCACUCAGGGGCACCUCUGUUGUUUCUAGUCUACUAAGAGUGAACUACACUAGAAGGGGACUUCUGCAUGCUUUCCAGUUUCACAGGGUUUAAAUCUCACACAUUCAUUUCAGUUUAUUUUUUCUUUGAUUUUUCAGAGAUGUGACACACGUACUAUAUUAUUAGCAUUUUGCAACCGAUUUCUUUACAUUCUACUUACAGUCGACAUUAUUCAGUUGUGCGUGGUGUGUGCGCGUGUGUGUUUUCCAAGGGUUUCCAGUUUGGCUCUUUCAUUUCCACCAUUCGCCAUCUGUUUGUAUUAAUGCAAUGUUCUUUUUUCUAUCUCCCAAAAUGAAGGAAACGUUCCUUUGAAUCUUGGUUUAGUUGGAUGUUCAUUCACGACUAAAAGCUUUAUAAAUCCUUUGGGAAUUUGGAUCCCUCUUUGAGUCUGCUUCAAACUGUUGUAUUGUUUAACUGUGGCCUAAUUGCCCAGCAUGUGUUUCUUUAAAAGAAGCAGUCACACCAUCAUUCAUAUAAAAUAGUAAACACAAAACACAAGAAGUCAGUUGUUAUACCCUAACAUUUAGCCUUUACCAGAUUGAAGAACUUAAUUUUCUUCCCGUCGUGUCAUUUUCAAAACUUGUGUUUAGUACUUCCAAAAGUAUUAUGGCGUACAUUUUCACUGAUUCAUACCGUUUCAGGCAUUUUCAUUUAACUUUUUCUGCCAUAAAUCUGCAUGCAUAGAUGUCCUGUUUAUAUUAGGGGGUUUGGCAUUAUUUUGUGUGUAAGUAGCUGAACUAGAUAUCAAAAGCAAUGAUAUUUUGUCUCAGGCGAGAGAGUAUUUGUGUAAAAGAAAUUUUAAAACUCACUAAUGUGAGCAGAACUGGUUCCAAACAUGGAUGCAUUAUGAUACAAUGACCAUUACUGUUUUUCACGGUAAUUCAGUCAACGCUUCACUUCAUUUAGAUGAUUGCUGAGUGACUGGGAUGUCUGGAUUUAAAUGCACAUUUAUGUUCUUGUAGCGUUUGGAUCUGAUGGAAUGAAAGGCGAUCACUACACCCACCCUUUGCCUUUCUGCACUCUUUCCUAAUAGUGUCUUCCUAUCCAAGAUCUGACUGAAGGGAGACCAGAGUCGCCUGAAAGAUCUUCAAACCUCACCAUUGGGCUCUGUAAGCACACUCUUUUUGAAGACAUUUAAUUAAAUGGACUUUCUACAUAUAAAUGUCAAUGUUUACAUGAAAAUUAGACAUUUUGUGCUCAAAGUCUUGUGUAAAUUGUAAAGAUUUGCUUUUUUAAUUUUAAAGCUAUAGCCGAGUAUAAGUUCAGGUUAGUGAAUGUCUCUUCUUUGGUAGUUUGAUGAGGACUCUGGAGUGUGCUUAAAUUGCAUUAACAAUUGUCCAUUUUUAUCAUCUCUCAAUUAACACUAACAUUCAUUCAUUGUCAAAUUACUUGUUUUAUUUUAUAAUCUUAUGAAAUGUGACAGAAUCAUUUAUUCGGAACAAAUCCUUAACUAUUUAAUACUCAGGCACGAGACUCUGUCUUUAAUGGAUUUUGACUUUAUCAGAUUUAAAAGAUGGGAAUAUGAACAUUUCUUUAAAAAAAUUCUUAUAUGGUCACAUGUAUUAAAAAAAGAAAAAUGGCAACUUUUAACAUUUUUCAUAGACAAAUGCGUAAGUGCUUUAUACUUCUCUGUGGCCAGUAACAGGAAUAUGGUGAGAUUUUCGGGUAUCGGUCAGGCAGAUUCAUAUCUAGCACAAUUAUCAGUUAGUGCUACAGAAAGAACAUCUGAAUAGACAACAGAAACUAAAAUGUGUGGUACUCUACUGGACUAAAUACAAACAGUUACUGAUGGCACCUUUGAAAAACAUUCCAUUUGAUAUAUUUUCAUAUUCAAAGCACUAAGAUGAAAGCUUUAUAUUUUACAUGAUAUAGAGCAGUAUUGUUGGAUGGCAAAAAUCACAGUUUAAGGUAGAGAAACUAUGUAUAUUACAUUUCAAUUUUAAGAACGUUGACGACUUGUAGCACUAAAGACUAAAUACAGAAAAGGUGACACAGAACACUGUAGAGUAUGUGGACACAGUAUUAUGUCUACAUCUGACAUAAAACCUUAAAACUUAUUUUGUGCUCAUGAUAUGUAUUUUACAUGACUUUUACCCAUUGAUUAUGUAAAGAGAGGUUUGCAGAUAAAAUUGAGUUAUAGAUCAUUUUGUGCAACUGGAGGAACAAAUGAUACAUGGCAGAGUAAAGCAAAACUCGCUAGUGAUAUGUAAUUUAAAAAAACUU